AUGGGUCUGUGUAACUCGAGAAUUGAUAAGACCACCAGGAAGGAAACCGGAGCAACAAACACCGCCGCCACUACCACGGCGGAGAGACAAGGCUCCGGGAGGCGGCGGAGGCCGAGAGAUUUAAGUAGCGGCGGUGAAAUCGAUGAGAUUCAGCAGGUGGUGGGUCGGCUUGUUGGCAAUGGUUCAAGUGAAAUUGCUUGUCUUCAUACUCAACAAGGCAGAAAAGGAACCAACCAAGACGCCAUGCUUGUCUGGGAGAAUUUCUGUUCGAGAAGCGAUACAGUGUUGUGUGGUGUAUUCGAUGGACAUGGUCCAUUUGGUCAUAUGGUUUCAAAGAGAGUCCGAGAUAUGUUACCUUUCACGCUAUCAACUCAGUUGAAAUCGACGACGAAGGAACAAACCAGCUCCAAGAAUGGGCUUGAGUCUGCUACUUGCAUAGAUGAAGACGAAACGCUACUUCCCAAAAUGUAUCAACCCCUGAAGCAAGCAUUGCUCAAGACUUGUCAACAGAUGGAUAAAGAGCUAAAAAUGCAUCCAACCAUCAACUGUUUCUGCAGCGGAACAACUUCUGUCACUGUCAUCAAACAGGGGAAGGAUCUGGUGGUGGGAAAUAUUGGUGACUCAAGAGCCGUUCUUGCUACAACAGACGAAGACAAUACUCUUGUUGCUGUACAAUUGACUAUAGACUUAAAACCUGAUUUGCCAAGUGAAUCCGCAAGAAUUCAGAAAUGUAAAGGUAGAGUCUUUGCCUUACAAGAUGAGCCUGAGGUUGCGCGUGUGUGGUUGCCAAACCACGAUUCACCUGGUUUGGCAAUGGCUCGAGCUUUCGGAGACUUCUGUCUUAAAAACUACGGACUAAUCUCUGUUCCGGAUAUCAGCUACCGUUGUCUCACUGAAAGAGAUCAGUUCAUUAUUCUAGCCACAGAUGGGGUAUGGGAUGUUUUGUCGAACAAAGAAGCUGUUGAUGUUGUGGCUUCAGCUCCUAGUCGAAACACUGCGGCUCGUGCUCUAGUGGACACAGCGGUUCGAGCAUGGAGGCUCAAGUAUCCUACUUCCAAGCACGACGAUUGCGCUGUAGUAUGUCUCUUUCUUGAAGAUUCCUUGGCAGCAGCAUCCACAGAAACAGUUGGUCAUUCACACAAAGAGUCUGUAGAGAGUGUCACUAUCACAUCAAGCAAAGAUGGUGACAAGAAGGAAGAGGCUUCAUCAGAGGCAGACGAGAUUGUACCGGUUUGGGAAGUAAAAGAAGAGAAGACGCCUGAGAGUUGCAGGACUGAGUCCAAUAAGACAACACUCGCCGAGUGUAUAUCCGUUAAGGAUGAUGAAGAAUGGUCGGCGUUGGAAGGCUUGACUAGAGUCAACAGCCUCUUGAGCAUUCCAAGGUUCUUCUCGGGUGAGCUAAGAUCAAGUAGCUGGAGAAACUGGUUAUGA